AUGGCUCCCACUGCAGUCGAAUCCGCCAACAUGUCCGCUCCCGAGAACCCAACAAAGCAGAACGGCGGCAGCCCGGCCAAGCGCCACGAGGAGUACCAGUAUCUCGACCUCGUCCGCGAGAUCCUCGAGACGGGGGAGCACCGACCAGACAGAACCGGCACCGGAACCUACUCCAUCUUCGCCCCGACGCCGCUCAAGUUCUCCCUCAACAAGGACGGUGAGCCCCUCCUGCCCCUCCUGACCACAAAACGCGUCUUCCUCCGCGCCGUCAUUGCCGAGCUCCUCUGGUUCGUCGAGGGCAACACGUCGUCCCUGGCCCUCAGUGAGGCCGGCGUCAAGAUUUGGGACGGCAACGGGUCCCGUGAGUUCCUCGACAGCGUCGGCCUCUCCCACCGCGAAGUCGGCGAUCUCGGCCCCGUCUAUGGCUUCCAAUGGCGACACUUUGGCGCGGAAUACGUCGACGCAAAGACAGACUACACAGGCCAGGGCGUCGACCAGCUCGCCGAGGUUAUCCACAAGCUCAAGACGAACCCCUACGACCGCCGCAUCCUGCUCAGCGCGUGGAACCCCGCGGACCUGAAGAAGAUGGCCCUGCCGCCGUGCCACAUGUUUGCCCAGUUCUACGUCUCGUACCCGAGGGCGCGCGGCGCGGCGCCGUCGACGGACGAGAAGCCCAAGGGACACCUGCACUGCCAACUGUACCAGCGCUCCUGCGAUAUGGGGCUCGGCGUGCCGUUCAACAUUGCGAGCUACGCGCUGCUGACACACAUGAUUGCGCGCGCGUGCGACCUGGUUCCUGGCAGCCUCACGCACGUCAUGGGCGACGCGCACGUUUACGCGGACCACGUGGACGCGCUCAAGGUGCAGCUGGAGCGGGAGCCGCGGGACUUCCCGAUGCUGGAGAUCAACAACAGGGAGGCGGGUUGCAGCAUUGAUAGGUGGAAGGUGGAGGACUUUGUGGUCAAGGGCUACGACCCGCAUAAGACGAUUGCCAUGAAGAUGUCUGUGUGA